UGCAUACCCGUCAGUCUCUCGUUGCAAGCCCUGGUUUCGAAUGUAAAAUGAGUUUUAAAUCUAAAGUGGUAAUUGUCACGGGUGCGAGCUCUGGCAUCGGGGCACAUAUAGUCACAGCUUUUGCCAAAGAGGGCGCUAAUGUCGUUUUAGUAGCACGAAAUGAAGAAAGAUUAAAAAAAGUUGCUAAAGAUUGCGAAGGCUUCGGCUGCGAACCACUCAUCGUCCCAGCAGACAUCACAAUCGACGAUGAAGGGAAAACCGUAAUCGCCAAGACAAUUGAUAGAUUCGGACGACUGGAUGUGCUAGUUAACAGCGCUGGUAUAUUGCGAACAGGACUGCUAGAGAAAGGAGACAUUAUGGAAGUCUUCGACGAGGUUAUGAAGAUAAACGUGAGGGCUGCUGUAAAUUUGAUGAAGUUCGCUACUCCACACUUGAUUAAAACUAAAGGCAAUGUCGUUAAUAUUUCAAGCGUAGGUGGGCAGCAGGUUUUUUCAGAAUUCAUGGCCUCCUACUCAACAUCAAAGGCAGCACUAGACAUGUUCUCUCGUGGUGCUGCUGUUGAACUUGGAAAAUACGGCGUAAGAGUGAAUGUUGUUAGUCCUGGAGGUGUAUUAGGAACUAAUAUAUUGGCUAACGCUGGCUUUGAUCCAAAAUUAACAGCGGAUGAUUUUGCAUCUAGAUCUCUUCUAGGCAGAUGGAGUGAACUACAAGAGAUUUCUGAUUUAGUCUUGUUCCUAGCCAGUGAUAAAGCCAAGGGAGUCACAGGUAGCAACUAUACGUGCGAUAAUGGUUACCUAAAUGAUAAACAAUGUUUUAAAAAAGGCGUGCUUUUAAAAUAAUUAUGAGAACAUCUGAUUUCUAAUAAUUUCAAAAAAACAACGAAUUAUUAAACUGAGUUACCGGAAUUAUGAAGCACCUACUUUAUGGUUUGAAAAUACGAUCUUAUUUACUGGAGCUAACUGGGUGUGGAGGAACUGGAGCUCAUCAAUUAAUAUUAUAAUAUAAUAUAGUUAAUACUGUUAACGGUAUUUUGCCGUUUGCUUGCUGGUUCUUAUACUUACAAUAUUGUUCCUUUUUAAUGAUAAUAAAAUACGCUAACACUGAUUAUUAUUAAUAAUCGAGAAAUUUGUAAACUAAGUAAGUAAAAAAGUAAAAAAUUUCUUUAUUUGACCCAAAAACAAUUACCACGUUACAUAUAUUACAACAUUCAUUGUGGUCAACCUUAUAUAUAAUAUACAUAACUGAUAAUAUAAUUAAAAUACAAAUAUUUUAUUAUUUAUGCAAAAUGUUUAUUAUUAUAAUAUGAUAUUUGCAGUUCGAUUAAAAGCGUUAUAAACAAUA